AACAAACAUGAGUCUUUGGCAGCCCGAGGGGGUACUCACCGGCCAAGUAGCACCAGAGGCAGUUAACCAGCGCUAAGGACGCUUUUAAAGCUAGUAACGACUGUCGUCUGGUCAAAAGUUUUGCGACUUUCUGUCAGUUAAUAAGAAAAUAAUAUAAUAUAUUUUAGCGACGUGACGCUGUGUUUGACUGACGGUGUCCGGUUUCCUCACAUUGAGGGAUUGCGAUGCCCUCUGACUUUAUCUCUCUUUUCAGCGGGGACCUCGACCUGAAUUCGCCCAGAUCCUUGUACUCUAAAGAGUCAGUGUAUGACCUUCUUCCCAGAGAGCUGCAGUUGCCUUCCUCCACUCAGCAAAGCCCAAAAGUCAUGAGUCAAAAGAGCGGCGGAGAGGCAGGGCCUCUCCCUUCAGCUUCUCUAGCAUCAGAUGCUUCUCUGACCAUGGAAGGCCCUCGCAGUGCUUUUUCCACCUCUUCCAGCUCCACCAUGCAUUCCAGUAAUCUAGCCAAUGACCAUAUACCAGUUAAAGGCAGCAAUGUUGAUCCAGAUGAAACCAGGAGUAGCAAAGUGGUACCAGAGGCUGCUGGAGCAGAAAAUGGAAAUGGUAACAGCCGGGGUGGCAGCGAUCUAGCAGGAGGAAAAGGCCUAACAACCCAGGAGGCUCAACUACAUCACCCAUUGACCCCAUCAAAACGCCACACCAUAUUGAAUAUCUCUCCACCUCCAGAAGAUUUGUUUGAUGAUAGCCGUAUGUCCUGCCAGGAUGAUGGGGCGCUGGAUACAGAGCAAAGUAACAGCAUCUGGAUGGAUGAAUCUGUCUCCAACUUCAGUGUCGUAAGCGCUGUGUCUUACAAUGACAACACAGAGGUGCCACGGAAAUCCCGCAAACGUACCCCUCGCCAGCGGCCUGGUCCUAAGACGGAGCCUCCAGAGGAGGGCAGCAUGGAUGUGUUUGAUGCAGAUAGUGCCAAAGGUCCACAUUUUGUCCUGUCACAGCUAGGCCCUGACAGCAAGGGAGGACAUAAAGGAAGCUCUGAUGAACCUCAGACUACUAAUCAAAAAGGAGGAAGUCUUUCGAUGCAGUUCCCACAAAAGAGUGAGGGGAAAGAGUUGAAGAUCCUUGUCCAGCCGGAGACCCAACACAGAGCCCGCUAUCUGACUGAAGGCAGCAGAGGGUCAGUGAAGGACCGUACUCAGCAGGGCUUCCCUACUGUAAAGUUGGAGGGAGUGAAGGAGCCAGUGGUUUUGCAGGUAUAUAUCGGCAAUGAUGCCGGCCGUGUGAAACCUCAUGGAUUUUACCAAGCCUGCAGGGUUACCGGUCGCAACACUACAGCCUGCAAGGAGGUUGAUAUUGAAGGCACAACUGUUAUUGAAGUGUCCCUGGAUCCAAGCACCAACAUGACCCUAGCGGUGGACUGUGUUGGGAUCUUGAAGCUCCGUAAUGCUGAUGUCGAGGCUCGCAUUGGGGUGGCCGGAUCCAAGAAGAAGAGCACACGUGCUCGCCUGGUGUUUCGGGUCAUCAUCCCCCGUCCAGAUGGAUCAGCACUCACACUACAGACUCCCUCAUCACCAAUCCUGUGUACCCAGCCUGCAGGGGUGCCUGAAAUACUGAAGAAGUCACUGCACAGCUGUUCAGUGAGGGGUGGAGAGGAGGUCUUCAUCAUUGGCAAAAACUUUCUUAAAGACACCAAAGUCAUAUUUCAUGAGAAUGUCUCUGAUGAGAAGUCAUGGAAGGCAGAGGCUGAAAUUGACAUGGAGCUUUUUCACCAGAAUCACCUUAUAGUGAAGGUUCCUCCAUACCAGAACCAAGUCAUCACAUCUAAAGUGUGUGUGGGACUCUAUGUGGUGACGAAUGCUGGGAGGUCCCAUGAUAUUCAGCCAUUUACUUACACCCCAGAUGAAGCAAAAAAUGAUGUUUCUGUGAAGAAAGAGCUGCCUUCUCCAGUGAAGACGUGUUCUUUUGAUGAGCAAAUUAAAGUUGUAGAUGGACCCAUGAUACCCUCAAUGUUGCCUUUAGUAAAGAGAGAAGAUGUCACUCCAAUGGAGGUGACAAGUAACCUUCAAUCUUCAGGAGUAUUUAAGCAGACUGGUGAUCUGUGCCCAGUUCAGCAGAACUCUGAUAUGACGGCAGGACAUCUAAAUAAAAACAGAGCAUUCUCCAGUAACCUGUCUCAGCCUGCAGGUGAUCCUGACAAAGGCCAGGCUCCUGUUUUUACCAGCACUGAGCCCUUAAGCACCAUCCAGAAGCAGGACAUUGCUGCCAGCAGCUCCUUCUCUGUGCCUGCAGACUCUAUGCUCCAGCAAGGAUCACAGCAGUUCCUUCUGGAAACCAGAGAUGGCCUCAGGCAGGAGAGGCCAGGCAGCAGUUCCGGAGCUGUCGGAAGAUUGUGUGGGGAAACUGGAUCUCAACCGCAGCAGCUGCCACUCUUUCCUUCAGACGAAGUAGCCCAACUGGAGGAAGCAGUGAGACAACUAAAAGCCAAAGGAUUCCGUAACUUAUCACUUCAGUCUGACAACCCUAUAACCAAACAGCAGCAGCAACACAUCCAGCAUCAGCAACAGAUCCAAAAACAGCAAAUUCAGCAGCAACAGCAGCAAAUUCAGCAGCAACAACAGCAGCAGGUUAUGGAGAAUUUGCAGCAGCAGCUGUUUCAAUCACAGAUUCAAAUGCACUGUGGCAUGUUUCAAGAUGCAUCCCAGGCCAAGAAUGGAGAGCUUCAGGUCUCAGCACAAGGGGCAGUGAACAGCCAGGGAUCACUUUUCCAGUCGGACCAGCGGCAGCAACAGCAGCAGCAAGCAGCUCUGUUCCAGCAGGCAAAUGAUCUUCUUUCUAUUCAGACCAACUUCCUCCAGCAGACCCCCUCUCACUCUUCACCACCUAUGUUCCACAAUCCCAGUACUCUGGGAGAAACACAGGAUCCACAGGGGGCUCUGUUUCAAAAAGCCUCCCAGGAACAGGUCCAGGCUGCACUCUUCCCAAACACCAUGACAGUGCUACAGUCUCCAGAGCAACAAGCCUCAACUCCUGGACUUUUCCUCCCCCAGACCUCUCUGUCUACUCAGCUUCCAGCCAGUAGUUCCCAGCAGGAACAGCUGGCCUUCCUUAGUGCUUUACAGUCCUCUUCCCCUGAACCGCAAUCAGUGUUUCAGACCCAGAUCUCCCCCAUCCAACAGAGAAGCCCCAUGGAGCAGGAGCAACCCUCUCAGCCUCAGGCCCACACACAGCCAGCCCAGCAGGGUACCCUGUUUCAGACCAUCUCCCCACAUUCAUCUACAAGUACACUUUCUCCAGGCCAGCAGCAGCAACAGCAGGGUGGCUUACUGUUCUGCAGCAAUGCCCUUUCCACACCAGACCAGGGCUCUAGCAUCCUUUUCAGCAACCAAGGCCAGAUGCCUCCCUUGACCAGCAACAGUCUAGUUUCUCAAGAGCCUCAAAACCCCUCUCUGCUCUUUUCCCAAGCCAACAUGGUGACAGUAAACCAGCAAGAUCGCCCUGAACCCAUGACCUUAGGCAACCCUGCUGAACCACAACAGCAUACCAUGUUUCAGGAGCAGCAACCUAUGCAGCUGGGGAGCAGCGGCAGCAACCAGCAGGACCAGCCUGUGGGUCUCUUCAUGCCUCAGUCCAGUAUGGCCUCUCUGGCUGCUCAGGAGCUUGCACAAUCAGCUGUGUUUGCCUCACAGAAUGGUGUGGCAAACCUCCAGACAACUACAUCCUCCCCUGUUCAACAGCCAGGAACUCUGUUUCAGACCGCUGUGAGUGGGAGCAUCAGUCAACCCAGCCAGCCUCAACAAGCUGAUCUGUUCCUUUUUGGUAUUCAGAACGAAUGUGGCCAGUUGAUGGAAACCCCUGGAAACACACUGUCAGAUCAGAUAAUAGCAAUCAGCCAGUCUGGUCAGAACCAGAGAGAGAGUGAAGCGCACAUCCAGUCCCUGCUCAGCCAGUCCUUGUCUCAGUCUGGCACUGUGCCGAGCACCAUGUCUGCCUCUCAGAACAUGGAGAAGAUUGAUGAUCUGCUGGUCAGCCUGCAGGAGUCGGGCAGCAACUUAACUCGUUCCUACUAAUCUUUACACAGGUUUAUUUCUUUUCCUUCUUUUCUUUUCUUUUUUUUUUUUACUUUUAUAUCUGGAAUAAUUGUAAAAUAUAAACAAAGGUCCAAACAUAGUCUCUUAGGAAUUCUGUGCAGGUUAAAACUUUGAAAUUAACCCUCAGUUACGUGCUUAUAUCUGGUCACUUAAUGUUUUCUCUGAACUACAUACAUAGGAUUUAGUCUUCUUUUAACUCAGAGGAUCUGUGAAGAUGAGCUAAAGAUUUUAAAGUGACCAUGAAGAUAAACUGGACAUAUUAAUAUUAAAAUUCCAAUAACUAAAAUAAUAAUUUAGAUUGCAAUAUAUGACCAAGAUAAGCAAACAUCUCUAACUUAAUUACUGAAUGACUGAAAAUACUCUGAUGAAAUGUGUUGAAUUAGGCCCUCCAGAAAGACAUUAAGUUUUUAGAUUUCUGUCUGUAAGUAUGUUGUUACGUGUGCCCCUCCCUUCCCCCUUUAUUCUUUUGUAUUUUGGUUGCAUGGAGCACAGGUUGUAUGGCACAGUGGGAGUGUGGUAUGUAGGGCUGAAGGGGUGUCAAAUCUCAUUUUAGUUUAAGGGCCAUAAAUUAGUAUGAUUUGAUGUCACUAGGUGUUUAGUUUAAACCACUGCAAGUGAACCUUUAAAAAGUAAUGAUCUACUAAUUACUAACAGCCUGAGAUGUCCUUGGUUUAACCAUCAUAUUUCAGUGUGGUAUGGCAGGCUAUGGGUAAUUUCUCUAAGAGGAAGUUGGUUUAGACAGUCACUCUCAUGAGUUGAUCCAUUUUAACUACAUUUAACUACAGCUACAAAAUGCAAUGAAAAGGCCAAAGAUUCUGCCCUUCUUUUUUCCAAGUGUUACACUUUGCAGAGACUUCUAGUGGGCUGAAUUGGAUCCUUUGGCAGGCCUCAGGUUUGACACCCUUGAUUUGGAAGGUAGCUUCUAUUGAGUCAUCUUAUCCAGCAGUUUAGAAAGUGUGUUAAGAGGGUAAGAGUAGAAAGGGAAAAGAAAGACAAAGGACAAGCUGUAAAAACAAACACACACUAAUCUUAUGUAAAGUCACGAUAAUGUCUGUGGGUGCUAUUUUAUUGUUGUAGCAGCAAGCUUGCACACAUUAGUGUAAAUAAAUAAAUUUGCUUUAGUUGUCUCCAUCACAAAGUGACUUUGGUUUCAUUGAUGAUGGAAGCUCAGAUGCUCACUAGGUGUACUAUGCAUUUGGAUUAUUUACAUGAUUAAUGUGCUAUAUUUUGCUACCUAUGUUUGCUACAAAUCAGUCUUGUGAAGGCCAGUUGAGUCAAGUAAUACCUAUAAACUAAAAUAUUUAUAGUUCAGCCAAAGGCUGUCUGUGUGAUGUGAGAAACACCGAUCAGCCACAAUAUUAAAACCACUGACAGUUUAACGUCCUGCUGGAAGAUCUUGGUUCCUGGCAUUCAUGAGGAUGUUGUUGGACAUGUUAUUUAACCAGUGUGAAUGCAGCUCAAGGAAUAUCACAAAGAGACUAAGACACCAGCAUGACCUCUAUGCUUCCCAAUACAGUUGAGAACCCACAGCUGGAAUGAGCUUGGUCUACGGAAGACUCAACUGACUACCCACCGGACCCAAAGGAUCCUCUUCAGCAGAGAUCAGAACUGGGGCUACACAUUAGGCAGAUGGUUUUUAUGUUGUGGCUGAUCAGUGUCAUGAAAUACUUCAUAUUGAUCUCCACAACAGUGUGCAGACUUUGUAAUGAAGGUGUGACACAUUUUAAUACGUUAAAAAGACAAAUCUUUUAAGGAAGUGUAUUGGUACAGAUAUAAGAAAUACUAGCUGAGAUUUACUUUAAUGUAUAAUCAGCACUUUAAUGAUGCUGGUCCUAUAGAGUACAGUAAAGCUCAGAAGAGGCAGUGAGUUUGUUUUUAAGUGCCUCUUCUGCAUUGUUUACAGUGACUAUGAAUACAGAUCAUAAAAAUAAGUUACCACAAGAGUUUCAUUUAAGCAAGUAUCACUAAAUUAAUCAAAAUCAGUUACUGUAUAACAAAAAUGUUGUUUUGUCUGUAUUUUGUAAUUUAACAGUAUGUCUUUUUGCCUUCUGUGUUACAGCUGUCAAUGUUCAUUCACUAAAAGCUAAAAAAAUGUGGCAUUUAAUGACAUUUUAAUUCAAAUGUAAAUCCAGCUGACAUAUAUCCCAUGUAUAUACAUGCAUCUAAAACAGAAUGUUGCAUGUGUAUGUAUGUAUAUGUGUCUGCAUGUAUGUGUAAGGAUUAGGUGUUAGGUGUCAUUUUGAUGGCAUCAUUCUGCGUCAGGCACGCAUGAACAGGAGUAGUAUUCUUAAACCAGGUUUAAAAAAAAAAAAGCCUUUUCCAGAAGUUCGUUACUGUGAGGGAUUCAGUGAAUGUUAAAAAAGCAGUCGUUCAUUGGCUGCAACUGCACAUCUUAUCCAGGUUAGGGUAUUAACAUUCACAAAUAGAGCCCAAUACUUACAUUUUCUUGUAAAUGCAAACUGUACAAUUUUUACAGACUUCAUGCCGCCGUAAGCAGUUGGCCAGCAGCCUCCGGACCAAAGUUUGACUCAAAUCUUCCGCUGAAUAAAUCCAGGAAUGAUAGAUGGCCAGUUUUAUGGCUCAUGGGCUUUUAUUUUCUUUUUACUGACUUUCUUUUUAGCUUUAACAUCAGCACAGGUUGUUGCUUUCCUUACAGAAUUUACAGAUUUUAUUGUUGGGCAUUGUCCUACUCUGAGUGCUUUCCCUUCAUUUGUGUCAUGUUUAAUUUCACUUUAAGUGUAUGCACGAACAAUGGGCUGGUUUCUGAUAGAAUUAGCUCCGUUUUAUGCCUCAUUGUUGUCUCGUUUUCUAUGUACAGUUUGGCAUAUACAUUAACACCGUUACAUUUUAUACAUUUUUAAAUCCAAAUUAGCUGUUUAGGAUGGAGAUGCUGUAAACUUGACUAAUAUGUAAUAAGUAAUGUGUGGAACUACAGUGUGUCAGUUGGAAGAGUUUGGGUGGUUUUUAAAGGGACCUUACUCCUGAAGAAAACCUGUCUUUGGAGGAAAGAGCUGUCUCAGAUUGGCCUUCAUCAACUUGUGAAGUGGUUUAAUAACUAAUAUUUCCAGUUUUGAGUAUGUAUGAUUUUAUUUCCUUUUAUUUGUAAUUUAGAUAGACUUGUCUUUUUUUUUCUUUAAUUGGUGUAGUACUUGUGCCUCUUUUCUGAGAAGUAUAUCUAAUUUAUUUGUGUGUUGGUUACUAUCGAACUUGUAAUCAUAGUUGUGUUUUUGUGUGGAUGACACUGAUUCUGAUUUGGCCACCCCCACACACCUCCUUGCUGAUAAGCCACCUUGUGAGUCUGAUCCCUCUAAAUUUGACAAUAACCUGGAUAUUCCUGUGCACACUUCCUUUACAGAAGAGCUACACCUUUAAGUUUAUGUCACAUGUUUAUGGUUUGUAUUUGGACCGCUGGUCCUUGAUGACCAAAUCAUUAAAAACAGGGCAAACUGUUGGACAAAUAAAUGUCAGUAUUUUGUACAGUGAAAAACAUCCUGAAUGUGAUUAUGCAUCGUGGCUGUAAAGGUCUCAUUUGGAUCCAGAAUGAAUGGUACACAUACCGGGGAGGUGAUUACUUUUCUUUGUAAUUACAGUUUCCUCAUUUGUGUAUUUAAUGUUGAUCAGAUAUGAGUAUGUUUCAUUCUACCGUCAUGCAUGGAAGAGGGAGAUUGUUGAUAAAAGUUCUCAUGUUUUUCUCAUAUUUUAUUUUAUUGUUUGCAAUAGAACAAGAUGUGGUUUUCUUUUAUUAUUACCAAUUAAUAGUAUAUCAGCAGAAUCAGACUUUUUUUUUCUUUCUUCCUAAAACACUGCUUAAGACACCAGUAAGGAUUGUACAUGUGCCUUAAGGAUAUGUUGUGGCAGCAGUCUUAUUGAUGUUUUACCACCGGUGCCUGUUUAACACCCCACUGGCCCCACCAGUGAUGAUUAGUCCUCAUUAAGUAGAAUGUUUCAAGCCAUAACACUUUAAGUGUGCUUUAAGUGCUCGACAACAGUGAAUAGAUAAAUGAGGUUGUGGUGGAUAAAUGUGUUGUGCAAUUUCUGUCAUAUAUCUGACUUGUUUGUACUGAAGUACCCAUUGCAUUUAUGUUGUUCAACACAGAUGCAGAACGAUUUUCUCUGAAACUGCUAUGCAGCUAAUAUACCUUAAAUGUAGAUCUAUUACUUUUUGAACAUAUAUUUUUCUAUUAUAGCCUCUCCCGUUUUUAGACUAAAGGAGAAACCAAAAUAGAUGUUCUUUGUUAUUUAUGAUGCUUGUUAAAACACUUCUGAUUCAAGUGCUGCCUGAUUGUAAUUCCGUUAGUCAAAAUGCAAACUUUUCAGAAACAAUUAAAGACCUGUUUUUUUUGUGUUUUGGUUGAAACGAGGGUCACAAAUUGUAUUUUCUUUGCUACAAUCUUUCUUAAACGCUUUUGGAGGAGGUAUGCGUUGUACCCCAGCUUAUACAGUACCAGUUGUUUACUGUGCAGUGGUUCCCUUUCUUUCUGAUGUCUCUCCGGGUGUCCGAGUUCCUGCUCUGACCAGUAAAAGGUGGCGUAUACUAGAUUGGUUCUAUGAUUUGGGAACAGUGUGGACAAAAAAAAAUUUGCAAAGCACCUAAACUGAGUGUCAUUGUUCCAAAUUUGCUCUGAGUAUGAGAUUAUUACUUUUCAAAAAUUGUUUGCUUAUGCCUCCCAUUUGUAUCAUCUUUAAAGGCUCUUCUACCAAAGUGAACCACUCUUCUAGUAAACAUCUGGAAGUGUAAAAUUCUUCUUUAGUUUCUAACCAUGUGAACAACUGUCAAAUCAUUCACCCUUUUGGCUUUUGUUGGGACAUUUUUAAUCUCUCGCAAUUAAUUUUCUGUAAAACCUGCUGCUAUCUGUAAUAAAUGUAUUUACUUUAA